AUGGAAAACGAGACCGUCAGUGAACUGAACCAAACACAGCUUCAGCCACGAGCAGUGGUGUCCCUGGAGUACCAAGUGGUCACCAUCUCACUCGUGCUCGUUAUCUGUGGGCUGGGCAUCGUGGGCAACAUCAUGGUAGUCCUGGUGGUCUUGAGAACCAAGCACAUGAGGACGCCCACGAACUGCUACCUGGUGAGUCUGGCAGUAGCUGAUCUCAUGGUCCUAGUGGCUGCAGGCCUUCCCAACAUCACAGACAGCGUCUACGGCUCCUGGGUCUACGGCUAUGUCGGAUGCCUGUGUAUCACUUACCUGCAGUACCUGGGAAUUAAUGCAUCCUCUUGUUCAAUAACAGCCUUCACCAUUGAGAGGUACAUAGCCAUCUGCCACCCCAUCAAAGCUCAGUUCCUCUGCACGUUUUCCAGAGCCAAAAAGAUCAUCAUCUUUGUCUGGGGUUUCACAUCCAUUUAUUGUAUGCUCUGGUUCUUUUUGCUGGAUCUCAAUAUUAGCACCUACAAAGAUGCUAUUGUGGUGUCCUGUGGCUACAAGAUCUCCCGGAAUUACUACUCACCUAUUUACCUAAUGGACUUUGGGGUCUUUUAUGUUGUGCCAAUGAUCCUGGCCACUGUCCUCUAUGGAUUCAUAGCUAGAAUCCUCUUCUUAAAUCCCAUUCCUUCAGAUCCUAAAGAAAACUCUAAGACAUGGAAAAAUGAGUCAACCCACCAGAACAAGAACUUGAAUUUAAAUACCUCUAAUAGAUGUUUCAACAGCACAGUAUCUUCAAGGAAGCAGGUCACCAAGAUGCUGGCAGUGGUUGUCAUUCUGUUUGCCCUUUUAUGGAUGCCCUACAGGACUCUUGUCGUUGUCAAUUCAUUUCUUUCCAGCCCUUUCCAAGAAAAUUGGUUCUUGCUCUUUUGCAGAAUUUGCAUUUAUCUCAACAGCGCCAUCAACCCAGUGAUUUACAAUCUCAUGUCCCAGAAAUUCCGUGCAGCCUUCAGAAAGCUCUGCAACUGCAAGCAGAAGCCGAUGGAGAAACCCGCUAACUACGGCGUGGCCCUGAAUUACAGCGUCAUCAAGGAGUCAGACCACUUCAGCACCGAGCUCGACGACAUCACCGUCACUGACAGUUAUUUGUCCGCUACGAAGGUGUCUUUUGAUGAUACCUGCUUGGCUUCUGAGGUAACCUUUAGUCAAAGUUGACUCAUGAAUUAGAAGAAAAUGGACCACAAACAUCGACGUCCUCAGAACGGGAAGACUGAUCUAACUUCACUCAAGACUAAACCUGGACCUGGCAUAGCUUAUGUAGAAGCGUAAAUGUCCUUUCAAACGUAUUUAUGUACCAGAAAAUACUGUUCUGCGAGCUUUCAUGUUCAUAGAAUCGUUUUUAAAUUAUGGAAAACCUAAUACUUCUACUUAGAACCUCAUUUAAAGGCAGGAAUCGUGUGUGGAGUUGAACUGCUUAAUAUGGCUUUUUCCUUCCAGAACAAAGAGGAGGUUUCAUAUUUCUUAGAUUUCAGUCAGAAAGCAAUAGAAGAAUACUCAGUAUGCGCAAAACUGCUGCAGAAAUUCGUUUCAGAAAACAAAAGGCUCUUCCCAUUCUUAUGAAGCUCACAAUCCAAUGAGGAAAACAAGAUGUAACCAUUUGGCAAUAUUUAAAAUAUGAAUCUGAGAUAGCAGAUGGAUGAUAGAAAUGAUUGUUAAUCAUCAAUUUGGAAAUGUCUUGGGAUAACUUUCAAUAUAAAAAUCACUUACAUAUUCUGAUUCCAUUUUAUAGACUGUAAUUAUAAAUAUCAAUUAAUUUAAUUUUUAACUACACAGGGAAAAAGAAAGGUCAAAUGAACC